GACCCACAAUUGGAUGAGUAUCUCCCAGUGAUGCGACAACUGUCAUCGGGUUCGGUGCGUCGUGCUGGUGUUCGUAGUGGGUUAAAGUGAUGAAAUAAAACCAGGGGAGACAGAUAAGGCAUUACGAAGGGGAACCAUAAUUACAACUUCCGGUGAUUUGUGAAACAGUGGAACGAACUGAAAACGCAGCAAAAUGGAACCGCUAGACAUUUUGAUCUCCGUUGUGAUGCUCUGUCUGGCGGUGUACUUUCUGCUCGAUAGGCGCUUCCAGUACUGGACCGAUCGAGGUGUGCCGCAAUCGAAGCCGGAGCUAGUUUUUGGAAACGUUCGUGAGGUGAGCAGAACGAUUCAUUUGGCGGACAAGUUUCGGGAGAUUUACAACGAGCUGAAGGGCAAGCAUCCGCUGGUGGGAGUGUAUCUGUUCUUCAAGCCGGUAGCGUUGAUCACGGAUCUGGAGCUGCUGAAGUGUGUGUUUGUGAAGGAUUUCCAGUACUUCCACGAUCGCGGUACGUACUACAACGAGAAGCAUGAUCCGCUCACGGCACAUCUGUUCAACAUUGAGGGUCAGAAGUGGAAAAACCUUCGCAAUAAGCUGUCACCCACGUUCACGUCCGGCAAGAUGAAGAUGAUGUUCUCCACGAUCGUGGCGGCUGGCAAACAGUUUAAGGACUUUAUGGAGGAAACGGUACACGAGCAGGUGGACUUUGAGCUGAAGGAUGUGCUGGCACGCUUCACGACGGACGUGAUCGGGAUGUGUGCGUUCGGCAUUGAGUGUAACAGUAUGCGCAAUCCGGACGCAGAGUUCCGUGUGAUGGGCCGGAAGAUCUUCUCCAAGCCGCGUGGUAAAGUGAAGAGUCUUGUGAUCAACUCAUUGCCACGGCUGGCAAAACUUAUUGGGCUCCGCACCCUCGAUUCGGAGGUUUCGGACUUCUUCAUGAACGCGGUGCGAGAUACGAUCAAGUACCGGGUGGAGAACAAUGUGCAGCGGAACGAUUUUAUGGACAUUCUUAUCCGCAUGCGUAGUGACAAGGAUACUAAGUCGGAUGAUGGUACGCUAACGUUCCACGAGAUUGCUGCACAGGCGUUCGUUUUUUUCGUGGCCGGAUUUGAGACUUCCUCAUCGUUGAUGGCUUUUACGCUGUACGAGCUGGCGCUGGAUCAAGACAUGCAAGAUAAGGCAAGGAAAUGUGUAACAGACGUCCUUGAGCGCCACAAUGGAGAGCUCACGUACGAAGCGGCGAUGGAAAUGGAUUAUUUGGAUUGUGUUCUUAAAGAGUGUCUUCGAAAGCAUCCACCAAUAUCGGUUCAUUUCCGAAUCACGGCGAAAGACUACAUCGUUCCUGGUACAAACUCUGUUCUUGAAGCGGGAACAUCCGUCAUGAUUCCUGUGCUUGGCAUUCAUCACGAUCCGGAGCAUUUCCCCGAACCGGAACGCUUCGAUCCGGAACGAUUCACUGCGGAACAGGAAUCGAAGCGUCAUCCGUACGCAUGGACACCAUUCGGCGAGGGUCCUAGGAUUUGUGUGGGACCACGAUUUGGGCUGUUGCAAGCUCGAAUUGGAUUGAUCUAUCUGCUCACAAGCUUUCGUUUUGUCCGUUGCUCCAAAACUCCUGUCCCUUUGCGGUAUGCCCUAAAGAAUCAAAUUCUUUCUCCGGAAGCGGGUAUGUGGUUGAAGUUGGAGAAGCUCAAUGAGGUGUAACGUUAAGAAUAAAAAACUGAUUAAGAUAGACUGCAAGCACUAAAAUGCCCAUUGUUUGUUUAGUUGGGUUGAUGUUCGAGGUUCUUGGUAUUUCCGGAGCUGAACAAUGUGCUUAUAAUCGAUGAUACUGAUCUUUUCUGGAUGCGAUGGGCAUAGCCGGUACUGUUAUUCACUGUGCAAUAAACCUGUUGAAUGAAAAGACGGACACAAGAAUGAAA